UGGACUUCACAUGUGGAGCUACAGUCAAUCUCAUACAGUAUGUAGCUGCUGUAGACGACACAUCACAUGGAUACUGUAUGUGGACUGGUAAAGGGAGCAGCUGGAACUAUCAUAAUCCUGCUAAAAAAGAGCCAGCUACCAUUGAGGAGCCAUGGCCUCAUUUGGACAGAUAAUCUUCUGGGGCUUGAUAGUCAGUAUCUUCGUAACUGCUGGACUCAUCAUUCUCAUCUUGUCUGUGUCAUUUUCAGGUCAGGGUUUGGGAGGUUCCAAGGGCACUGUGGAUAGCAUUGACAAGUGGCCCAUCGGGAACUUGGGGGAGGAUGUCAUCUUGAGCUGCAAGUUCAAGACUUCCACUAACAGCAGGGAAUCGACCAGUCAGGUGUCAAUCACCUGGACGAAGGAGGGGCUAAGUGAAGUGGUGUACAAGUACGAUAAAGGAGCAGUCCAGCUGACGGAGCAAAACCCCCAGUUUAAAAAUAGAACCCUGCUGUUCUCAGAUGCCAUAGGUGGAGGCAAUGCCUCCCUGUUGCUGAGGGACGUAAAAGUGGGAGACAAUGGGGUGUACUACUGCAGUGUGAGCACUCCUAGUUGCUCGGGAACUGCCAGUGUUAACCUCAGAGCUGCAGCUUUCUCAGCCCCCAAAUUCAAGCGGGUAAACACUACCCUAACGGCAGAGGCAGAGAGAUGGUUCCCCAAACCAAACGUCACCUGGUUGGACGUCAAUGACAACGUCCUGAACGAGAGUGAAACUAGCUUCUUCAACAACUCCGCCGGGAUAACUCGAUUCAUCAGCUCCCUUCAGCCAAUCAAAUUGUAUGGCAGCUACACCUGCAUCAUCCAAAACCCUCUGGUGAAGGCUGUCUCCCAGGCAACCGUCAAAGAUACAGAGAUAUCAGCAAGGACUUUCUUCUCCUUCAAUACUUCAGCUGCACCACCCAUACUACUACCUCAAUGGCACGUUCUCGCAGCUACGGCCAGUGUUUUUCUCUGGAUCUACCAGCUAACCUGAUAAACACAUAGACACCAACUGCUCCUCAUAGCCUACAGACAAGGUUACUAAAAGUACUGUGGUAAAGUGAACUAGUCUGGCAUUAUCCACUAGCCUUGGGCUGCCUGGAGUCUGMUGGAAUUUAUGUUGGAUAUAACACGUGGAAAUACAGUGUGUGUGUGUGUGUGUGCGCGCAUGUGUGCACGUGCGUGCGUGGCUAUAGGUUAUCUAAUAAGUGGUGAAAUUAUAGGUACAUACAGCAGCAAUACUGUAAUUACAUAAUAAUAACAAUUCCUUUUUGUUUCUAUGGGAUUCACUGUGGCAAUCAGUCUACUGGGCUAUCAGUGUAACACGUGAAUCUUUAGGACUAUAGUUUCUUUUUUUA